AUGUCAGCGCACGUCAUUUUGGCCACUUUUGAGCCGGGACCCGCCCCCACUGGUAGAGAGUCAGGCCACGACUGCUCGGUGCGCCUCUGGAACCUGGACAGUAAAACGUGUGUGCAGGAGAUCACGGCUCACCGGAAGAAGAGCGAGAAGACAAUCUACGACGUGGCCUUCCAGCCUCCCAAAGCCUAUAUCGCCUCCGCGGGGGCCGAUGCUUUGGCCCGGGUCUACGUGUGA